AUGUGCCCAGUGAAGCUGUUAUUGCUGGUGUUGAGCGCGAUAAGAUUCUUCAUCACCUUCCAUGUGGCUGAUGGAAAUUCUGAGCCGAACUGGUUGCUUGAGAUGUUGAGUACCUGCAGAGGCCGGUCAGUGGUAACCAAGGACGGAAGCUCGGGCAGUGGUCCGUUGAGCCGGCUGAAGCUGACAUCGAGGACGAUGAUGCUUCUGGAGAACAUGAGCUCCGCCGGAAGACCACCGGAGAGCGAGUUGUGCGAGAGGUUGACGCGCAGCAGGCUGGUGAGGUUGGUGAGGAACGGAGAGAUGGGCCCUUCAAGUCCUUUAGACUCCAGGGAGACCCCAGUGACGGCCCCAUCUCCAUUGCAGGAGAUGCCUUCCCACUCGCAGCAGUCCGUGCCGUUAUUACGCCAAGACGUGGCGAGGCCACCAUCACUCGACAGCCCGGCAAGGAACUGGAGGAGGUUGCGCUUCUCCUGCUCGGUGCAUGCAUUGGCGGGAGAGGCUACGAAGAGCAGCAGGAACAGCUGCAAGUAA